AUGGAGGAUGUGAAAGAACAGGAGCAGGCGGAGGAGCAGGAGCAGCGCGAACAGGCCCAGGCCAAGCAGGCCCGGCCAUCGCCUGGACCCUCCAGCACCCAGCACUUCCUGCAGGCCCUGAAGGCCCUUCAGUUAGAGGUGGAGCCCGUGAACGCCAACGCCAGUAGGGCCUGUUUUCGCCUGAGGCACAAGCAGGUGCACAGUCGCAAGCCUUACCUGGACCACAGAAGCGCCAUCAUCCAGGGCAUCCCAGGAUUCUGGAUUGAGAACCACCCCCAGAUGUCAGCCUUGAUCAGUGAGAAAGACGAAGACAUGCUCCGCUACCUGAUCAAUUUGGAGGUGGAGAAUUCUAUCCAUCCCAAUAACGGCUGCGAAGCCACAUUUUUCUUUCAGAGGAAUCCCUAUUUUUGGAAUGAAGUGAUCAUUAAGGAAUACGAUGUUACCAUCAAUGGAUAUAUGGCAUUUUAGUCCACUCCGAUCCAGUGGUUCCAGAAUUAUGAAUGUGAGGCUCACAGCCACAGGCAUCACGACACCAGCGUUAACUUCUUCAACUGGUUUUCUCUUCCCAACUUCUCAGGGUAUAACGGGAUUACUGAGAUCGUCAGUGAGGACCUAUGGAUUAAUCCCCUGAAGUACUACCUGAGGGAGGACAGAAUCAGGACAGGAAUGGGGAGAGACCAGAUGAGGACCAUGGUACGGGGCAUUGACAUGAGUGUUGUCUAG